AUAGCUAUAAAACUCGAGCUCCUGUGACACAGACAUCGUCUGAUGCAUUUCCAAUUCUGCCUCUUAUCACUAAGACUGAACCAGCUCACCUGUGAGAGCAGCUUAAUAUUUCAGCCACACAAUGUUUCUCAAUGCCUCUCUUCCCACGCAUAUACUCACCCUUUCUAAGGAUGACCAGGCAACUAAGGUGGGCGUGAGUGCUGGCUUGGUCAAUGUCAGCAUCAUCCUGUACACGCUCACUGUUGUGCUCGGCAUCACAGGAAACUCCAUAGUGAUCUGGGUCGCUGGAUUCAAGCUUAAGCCGACUGUCACUAAUGUGUGGUUGGUGAAUCUGGCGAUAGCAGACCUGAUCUUCUGCUUCACACGAAUCUUCUCCCUCACUCGGCUGUUCUUGUCAGACCACUGGCCUUUUGGCGUCUUCCUCUGUAAGUUCACCGGCUUCUUCAAAUACACCAACAUGUUCUGCUCUGUCUUCCUGCUGGCUGUGAUCAGUCUGGAUCGAAUGGUCUGCAUAUGGUGGCCGGUCUUCACAAGGCGCCGACGCACCCUGUGGGCAGCGAGGGUGGUGGCUGUCUGCAUCUGGAUCACAGCGAUCCUCUUCAGCAUUCCCUACUUCAUCCAUCGACAAACUUACGUGGACAACAACAACAACCUUACUAAAUGUUCUGUGGACUCGAUUGAAAAGGCAGAAGGGUACAACAGCACCAAAGUUGCUCUCUACUCCAUACGCUUCUUGUGCGGCUUCAUAUUUCCCUUCAUGGUCAUUCUCAUCUGUUAUACUCUGGCUGGGGUGGGAAUCCGACGCACCCGCCUGUCAGGGAAGUCCCGCCCUCUGCGUAUAAUAGCAUGUUUGGUCAUUGCCUUUUUCCUGUGCUGGGCACCUUACCACUGCCUCCUAAUGGUAAAGAUGGUGAACAAUAACAUUGCACUGUUGAAAAUUUUGUACCCUUUAUCAAUGGGCAUUGCCUACUUUAACAGCUGUGUAAACCCGCUGUUGUACUUUUGCAUGGGUCUAAAAGUGAACGAGGGAUUUAGACAAGGUCUAAUGAAAGUUUAUAGAAGGGCUCUAUCAGAUGAUAUGGAUGUCCAAAUUACUCAGUGCACUGAACACUCUUUGGAUUGAAGCUCUGGUUUAAAACACAGCACAAGAGUCUGACAGCAGUGGGUUUGUGUUUCUCCGAGUUAUCCUGAAGCUCAGAAGAAUACAUAUGCAUGUUGUGAUCAGUCUGUUUCCGCACAGAAAACCAAAUUAGUAAUGCCAUUUUAAUACAAAUAAAAUUAAAAUGCUUCACAAGACACUAAGAUUUAUAUAUGUAGAUAUAUUACAAUGUUUUCAGUCUGUAUGUAUCAGAUAUACAUGCACACACUGCCACCUGUGUAUGAAGUAGGGGAUUACAGUUUGUAAAUACAACGAAUGCAUACAAUUGCUAUGUCUAAAUAUUAGUAACAUAAAUUAAUAAGUCUACACACUUAAUGGAUAAAACUCUCCUGGAUCAAUCCUUACUCUCCCUCCAGUGCCUGAAAAUAUAUUUUAACAGCUUUACCUGAAAAAUCUAAUCAUCCAUGGAACUCACUCAACUAUUAAGCAAGACUAUAAGUAGAUGAAAAAUGUUUUUUAGAGUUCUGUUUAGCUAACAGAAAGAAAGCAGAUGUUUGCAGAAGUUUUAAGUGCCUUCAGUCUAGUCUCUUCACUACAUUUUAGUCUAGUUGCUGAAGGCAUUGCUGGAGUCAGUCACCUCGCAGGACACAAGUUACUGCAUAAAAUAUGAUUAUUUACUAGCACAAUUGUCUAAAAUGAAAACCUGGGGGCAUUUAUUACAAACUAACAGUUUUAACUGUUUUAACUUCAAAUCUCUGAUACACUUGUGAAGCAACUACUUUUGAGUGCUUUUAAUGAUCUUCUUGCCCUGCAGAGGGGAAGAUGCCUCACUGAAAAGUUUUUUUCUUACUGGUUUUUGGAGUUUGUUGCUGGAGUUGUAGUCCUGUGCUCUUAUCAUAAUUUUCCAUUUUCAUUGGUUUCUUGUGUUCCCCUCGUCUCUGCCUGAGUUUAUUCCAUUUACUUCCAGACUUAUUUUAAGGCUUACUUCCUCAUGUAGCUGUACAUGUAAGUUAUUAAAACGCUUUGUUUUUCCAUG